AACCUGCUGGUUUAUUGUUGGUUCACGUACUAAUGACAGUCAUUUUACGUAUUCAUUGCUAAAAGAAAACUGAAAAAAUAGAUUUGCCCGAAUUUCCGGUUAGUCAUCCGCCCACACCGAUCUUCAUUUAGGUCUAACCGAAUCAAAGGAGAGAGAGCACAUCGCCAUGGACUUUGGAGACGAUUUCGCAGCCAAGGAGGAGGUGGAUCCAGCGGCCGAGUUCCUGGCGCGCGAACAGUCGGCUCUUGGUGAUUUGGAGGCGGAGAUUACGGGGGGAUCCGCACCAGCUGCCGCGCCCACAGAUGAGGGCUUGGGGGAGCUUCUUGGCGGAGGAGGCACUACCACUUCCGAAGGCGAUCUACUCUCAGCAGGCGGCACCGGUGGCCUAGAAUCCUCAACGGGCAGCUUUGAGGUCAUUGGCGGCGAGUCUAAUGAACCCGUCGGUAUAUCCGGUCCCCCACCCUCCCGGGAAGAGCCCGAAAAGAUACGCAAGUGGCGCGAAGAGCAGAAACAGCGACUUGAGGAAAAGGAUAUCGAGGAGGAGAGGAAAAAGGAGGAGCUGCGACAGCAGUCCAAGAAGGAACUGGAUGACUGGUUGCGUCAAAUCGGCGAGUCCAUAUCGAAGACCAAGCUGGCGUCCCGAAAUGCCGAAAAGCAGGCCGCCACUCUGGAGAACGGCACCAUCGAACCGGGCACCGAGUGGGAGCGCAUAGCCAAGCUGUGCGACUUCAAUCCCAAGGUGAACAAGGCGGGCAAGGAUGUGUCCCGCAUGCGAUCCAUCUACCUGCACCUCAAGCAGAAUCCCAUCCAGGUGCAGAAGGGCACCUAGGUAGUUUUAAUUACGCACUCGCCUAACCACACAUUGAGUUGAAUAUGAAAAUUAUUAUUGAAAGUAUUCGCUGUAUAUUCCAAUUUAUGAUACAUAAAAAUAUUAUUAUUGCUGCUGAAACAUAGCUGCGAUCAUCGUUUUGUCUAAUGAAUGCAAUAAAGAAUGUGCACACAGUUGUCCUGCUUCCCUUGACUAUCAAAUACCCAUCACACAAAAUGCAAAACCAAACAAAAAAAAAAAAAAACGACAUAAAAAAGUUAGGAAAAAGAACAAAUGAAAAAUAAAACUGAAGAUAUGACAACUAAAUUAUUUUUCUCUCUUGUUUUGAAAAAUACAAUUUGGGAUUCAAUUCAGUGGCUCACACAUGUUAAAUCAAUUCCGGUUUUCUUGUUAGUAAUUUUAAUUAUUACUCUCUAAAAAACAUUAUUGAAACCUGUUUAAUACAACGUUUUUAUUGGCCUUAUCGCUAAUAAAACACCAUACAUAUAACUUAUUUUAAUCAUAUUUAUACUUGUGUUGGAAAUGUCAAUGGGACUUUUGUAUAUGUCUGUAUAACAUUCAUUGAAAUGAUUAUGGAAAUAAAAAAUAAUAAAACGUA